UUCCGUGUUGCGUCACGUCUCAAGUUUUGCAUGUUGUCUGGUAUUUUUUAUCCAGUCUAUGGUUGCCUGGGACUGCGAGUCAUUACCCUCAGGAAAGGUCAUAGGCGAAUGGUAGCAUUGCUGCAACUACGUGGGUAACAUGUCUUCGACUGGCAGAUGAUUACUUGGACUGAAUGGCUAGAUAUAACUAACGUUAGCUAAUAGUUUCAAAAUUGGCUAGCUACGGUAGGGACAGCUAGUUAGUUACCGUAUGUUGUUCCGCUUAAAAUCUCCAUACGGGCAGGUGGCUAACCGAAAAAAUAGGCAUGAGUCCUGUUUCAGGACAGGGCACAGCAGCAGAGCUCCCGGAGGCGCCUAACACGAAUCUCUCAAUAAAGGCCAGUCUUCAGCGCCUCUUGAGUCAUGUCAAAUAUGAGAAUUUAGCAGCAGGACUAAGUGGGGGACUUGUGUCGACUUUGAUCUUGCAUCCCCUGGAUCUUGUCAAAAUCAGGUUUGCAGUGAGUGAUGGAUUGGAGUUAAGGCCAAAAUACAAUGGAAUAAUCCACUGUAUGAAAAGCGUUUGGCAGCUGGAGGGAGUUCGGGGACUCUAUCAAGGAGUGACACCCAACAUGUGGGGAGCCGGAGCCUCGUGGGGACUCUACUUUUUCUUCUACAAUGCAAUCAAGGCUUACAUCCAGGAACGUCGCCAGUGUGAACUGACCGCUACGGAACACCUGGUAUCUGCAGCACAGGCAGGUAUGAUGACGCUUUGCCUAACGAACCCCAUCUGGGUCACAAAGACCCGUCUUGUCCUGCAAUACAAUGCUGGUCCAUCUCAGAAGCAGUACAAAGGAAUGCUGGAUGCUCUUGUAAAAAUAUACCAACAUGAGGGUAUACCAGGAUUGUACAGAGGUUUUGUGCCUGGUCUGUUUGGUACAUCCCAUGGUGCACUGCAAUUCAUGGCUUAUGAGGAACUGAAAAGAGACUAUAACAAAUACAGAAAUAAAUCAUCAGAUGCACAAUUGAACCCAUUGGAAUAUAUUACCAUGGCAGCUUUAUCCAAAAUAUUUGCAGUUGCCACGACGUACCCGUACCAGGUGAUUCGCGCGCGCUUGCAGGACCAGCACAAUAAGUACAAUGGGGCCAUAGACGUGAUGAAGAGGACAUGGAGAUGGAUGCGACCUGUGUGUUACAUCUCCCUUAAGAGACGGAUGCGACCUGCGCAUUACAUCUCCCUUAACAGACGGAUGAACGAGGGGGCCAUCGGUUUCUACAAAGGAAUGGUGCCCAACCUGCUCAGAGUCACUCCUGCGUGCUGCAUUACCUUCGUGGUCUACGAGAAAGUUUCCCACUUCCUGCUCGGCCAAAACAAGUGAGCGAAGGCACGGGAACAAAGGCAGAGCUAGAACCAGACGGGCGGGGCCACCGCAAUAUACUCCAAACUGCAUCGGCGAAGUCCAAGCGUGACCUCACCCGUGCCUCUGAAACGAGGGUCACAAUCUGCCAAGCAUGUGGUGGUAUUGAAGAUUGCUGGCCCUAAUGGCUCAAUAUUUGUAUAUUUUUUGAAAAAUAUAUUUCAAUAUUUUUCAAAAAGUAGAUAACAGGUAAAGCAUCGGCAUCCUGUCUCAGCAGUGUGCUGUGCAACAUACAGAAAUGACAUUCAUUUCGCUACAUAUCCACAACUACCACCAGAGAACAUUUUAAUACUGCAUAUUUAAGUCUGAUAAUGAUUCAAUGCGAUACAGGCAAAACCCCAUCCAUACAACUACUGCAAUGUUGCACCCUGGUAUUUAAUUGAUUCUUGAUGCAUUGGAGUAACACCAUUUAAAAUAAAAAAUUGAGACUGGUUUAUAGUUAAUAUUUAUUGGUUAAUAUUUACAACUAUCCAUCAUAUUUGCCUCCACAAGAAUGAAAUGGUGCAAGACGGAAGGUUCUGGAUAUCAUAAGGAAAAUAACGUUCAAUCAGAAUGCUUUUGAUUCAGGGCAGUGGAAAUUGUGUGUAUGCGACUUUGUAUGUGUGAGCGUUUUUUUAUUGUUUUUAUUUAACUUAUUUGCUUUAACACUUAGUGGAAUGUUUUCUGUACUGCUGACUUAUCUGUGCAGUGUGUAAGUCUGUUGUCAUGACCACAGAAGACUGAGCCAACUCAAAUUUUCUGCAAGGUUAUUUUUUUGCUUGGCUAAAUUUCAAAGGCGUUGCUUUUAAAUGCUGUGUUUUAUGUGAAAAAUAAUAAUGUGGUUUCCAUUUCUGCACGCUACAUGGUUUUGUGUUUUGUCUGUAUUAAAAAUCCAGAGGAAUGUUA